AUGGCAGCAUUCAACAUACAGGAGGCACUUACAUGGAAAGAAAAGAUAGAAUCUGUUAUUGAUCAGCCAAAAAGUUGUAGUAGAGCAAUGAAAGCUGUAGGGGUGGUGGAAGCUUCGUGUGAGGAUAUAUUUGAGCAUAUUAUUGAGCAUGGAUGCUACACGGUUCGAUAUGGUAGCUCAGUUGAAGAGGUAGAUGAGCAUACAACAAUUCUCUAUGAGAGAUUACAGCUGGAUUGGUUUCCUACGUUAGCGUGGCCACGUGACCUCUGUUAUGUGCGUUAUUGGCGCCGAAAUGAUGAUGGAAGUUAUGUUGUUUUGUUCCAUUCUACAGAGCAUGAGAAAUGUGGCCGCCAACCGGGAUUCGUCCGAGCUCAUAUUGAGAGUGGAGGGUACACAAUCUCGCCUCUGAAAUCUCGCAAUGGGAGGCCAAGGACACAGGUGCAGCACCUGAUGCAAAUUGAUCUAAGAGGGUGGGCAGUUGGUUAUAUUUCGUCUUUUCAACAUCAUUGUCUCCUUCAACUGCUAAAUAGUGUUGCUGGACUGCGUGAAUGGUUUUCUCAAACAGAUGAAAAGAUUGCUCCUCUAAGAAUCCCAGUAAUGGUCAACAUGGCUUCUGCCACUACUCCAUUAAAAAAGAGUCAAAGUCUCCCACAGUCAACCUUUCACAUUCAUAAAUCUUCUUUUGAUGGUACAAACAGAAAAAGUAACGUAAUGCUGGAUGAUUCUGAUGAGGAAGAUGAUCAGCAAAUUAAGGAAAAAGUGGUAGUAUCAGCUGCCACCAAUGAGAAUGAAGAAAAGAAAGCAGAAGAAUCCUCUGGUCAAAUUGAUUUGUCCUGUUUCUCUGGAAUUCUACGGCAAGAUGACCAUGAUAAUGCUCGUAACUGCUGGAGGAUUUUAGAUGGGAACAACUUUAGAGUUCGUAGCAAGAACUUCUGUUAUGACAAAUCCAAGGUUAAUAAUUUGCUUCUUUAAAUUAUUUCUGUAGUUUUUAGAGAAUUUGAAGAUUUUAUUGACAUAUUUAGAUAUGUCA